UUGGCUCAAGAAUAGCCCCAGGCUGUUUGAACUUAAUCGGAGUUUAGACAUCUGAAUAUUUAAGGGGUUGCUAACCCUCGUUGUCCUUUGCUUUCCAUGACGAAACCAGGACUUUCGGCCUCUCCUGGCAGCGGUGAGCAACCAUGUGCGAUCAUGAGAGCUGCUGUUGAAGCCAUUCCUUCUGACAAGAGCGACACAGGUGCUGAGCUGGUGAGCCACGCUCUCUCGGAAGCCGCCCGCUCGAACCGCCGCGUGCACCGGCGCGUGCGCUUGCCGGCCUACGCGGUGGGCUCCGUGCUCAUGGGUUUGUCCAUGUGGUGGGUCUACACCUCCUGGACCUCUCAAGCUGCCGCCUUCCUGCUGAUCCGCGACUGCCUUCGCUCCUUUGGAUGCUUGGCGUGGCUCUGCGCGGUGCUUCCAUCGGAUCGCUUCGGUUCCAAGGUCGGUUCCAUUCUUCUCUUCAUCCUUGGAGUGAAGUGUGCCAUUUGGCAUACUCAGACAUUGGUGGAUUAUAUGAAGCAACUCCCUGAGCAUGGCGAAGAUGGACAGCCAUGCCUGGUUGAGGAUGAAGAGACUGAUUGUGUCUUAGGUGCAUUCACCAUCGGGAGCAUCUCGAUCAUGUACAUCCUUAUGCAUCUCUGGCAGCUACCUUAUUUGGCCUUGGGUUUGCGUUUGCCGUCCCGGGCUACCGUGCACCGUUUGUGGGUGGGUCUUGCCCUUUUGCACCUCACCAAGGGCUUGACCGAUUUCCUGGUCCUGCUACCAGCAAUGGCUGUGAAGGCCUCGUGGGGGAAGACGAUAUCUUGGGCCGCGGUGAUGUGUUGCUUCGCCCAUGGCUUCUACGGCUUGAUUGUAGGAAGCUUGUUGAUGAAGUCCUCAGUACGGCGCUGGGUGCAUUUCCAGCUGCUGAAAGCCUCAGGUGCCUUCAAAGCUGCUUCCAGCAUUGCUGGCUUCUUGGGAAAUCGCUCCAAGGAGAAGAUCAUGGAAUCUGCUCGCAACGCGUGCCGCUACAUUUCCAUGGGAAAGAUCCUCAAGGCUGACAUGGCAGAUCCGCGACCCAAUGUGUUGUUGCAAGCCUUGUCUACACCCUGUGGGCUGCAGGACAUCGAUGCUUUCUUGAGCCACAGCUGGCAUGAUGAUCCUGAAAGCAAAUGGGAGGCUUUGCAAGCAUGGAGGACAGCUUUUAAGGCGCAACAUCAGCGUGAACCCCGCCUGUGGAUUGACAAGUAUUGUAUUGACCAGACCGACAUCGAGGCGAGUUUGGUGUGUUUGCCAGUGUAUUUGGCAUCCUGCCACACCUUACUCAUCAUCGCCGGAUCCACCUUCUUGCAUCGUCUUUGGUGCAUGGAGGAGGUCUUCGUGUUCCUGCAGAUGAAUCGCCCGCUAAAUGCCAUGGAAGUGUUGCCCAUUUGCGAUGAUAUGGAAGAGCGCGCGUCCAAUUUCCGUGUCCAGGAUGCCAGUUGCUCCCUCGAGAAGGAUCGUGAAAAGAUGUUGGCCACCGUUGAGGCAGGCUGCGAGAGCUAUGAAGUCUUCAAUGACAAAGUCCGUGGGGCCCUUUUGGCAGCGCUGAAGUCGUCCAAGAACACUGUCUAGAAGCGCCAGCAAGCUCACGCAUGACGCGUGGCAGGCGACGUGACUUAGACGAUCAAGCAAGCCCACGUGAGAGUGGAGAUGGUCGGAAUUCGCUGUGUGCCGUCUUGGACGUGAGAAACCGCCAGCUCAGACGUGCAUGCUUGUAUGGUGCUUGCAUAGUAUCUGGGAAGCAAUGUGUCAUCGGAC